UAAAGCAAUCUUGGGGUUGUGUUAUUUUUAUAAACGGGUUCUCUGAGACUUGUAAUUAAUUUUUUAGGCUUUAGAAGGAGAGUGAUAAUGACACUGGUUUGUAAAGCUGAAAUUUUAACUGCAAGUGAAACCCCCAAUAGAGAUAAUUUUAUUUUUCAGAUAAGACUCAUCUGUGCUUUGAAACAGAGAGCUGUCAACCAAAGAGGCCACUUGACACACACGUAUCACAUGCACGUCAGGCCUUCUAAAGGCAAUGGUGAAAGAAAAGAAAAGACUGGACAGAAAGGGGGACAAGCCUGCCCGCUCUCCCUCCGCACUCUCGGAUUAUCCAGAGUUCUCCAAACAAGAUGGGGAUGCCACCAGGCAAGAAGGUGCUGUCCAGCUGGGAAUGCAGCUCAGUGGAGCAGAAUCCAAAAGGGAGUCCAGAAACCACCAUCAGGGUGAAGGUGCCACUCAAUAUGAAGAGCCCAUUCUGACCAAGCUCAUAGUUGAAAGCUAUGAAGGGGAAAAAGUCCAUGGACUCUAUGAGGGAGAAGGCUUUGCAGUCUUUCAAGGCGGUUGUACCUACCAUGGUAUGUUUUCAGAAGGACUCAUGCAUGGACAAGGGACUUAUAUUUGGGCCGACGGAUUGAAGUAUGAGGGAGACUUUGUGAAGAACGUUCCCAUGAGCCACGGCGUGUACACAUGGCCAGACGGCAGCACCUAUGAGGGAGAAGUGGUGAGCGGCAUAAGGAACGGAUUCGGCACAUUCAAGUGCAGCACGCAGCCUGUGUCCUACGUUGGGCACUGGUGCCACGGCAGGAGACAUGGGAAGGGCUCCAUUUAUUACAAUCAAGAGGGCACCUCUUGGUACAAGGGAGACUGGGUGUACAACAUCAGGAAGGGAUGGGGCAUCAGAUGUUACAAAUCUGGAAAUAUAUAUGAAGGUCAGUGGGAAAACAAUAUGCGCCAUGGGGAAGGCAGGAUGAGAUGGCUGACAACUAAUGAAGAGUACACUGGUCAGUGGGUGAAGGGGGUCCAGAAUGGCUUUGGAACACACAUAUGGUUUCUAAAGAGAAUCCCUACUUCCCAGUAUCCUUUGAGAAAUGAAUACGUAGGAGAGUUUGUAAACGGAUAUCGUCAUGGCCAUGGAAAGUUUUACUAUGCCAGUGGAGCCAUGUAUGAGGGAGAAUGGGUUUUCAAUAAGAAACAUGGCAUGGGCCGAUUAACUUUCAAGAAUGGGCAUGUGUAUGAUGGCCCGUUUUCCAGUGACCACAUAGUGGAGUUUCCAAAUCCUGAAGUUGAAUCGAUAAGUGACAUGGACCAGUCUUCAGAAUCUGCUGCCAGGAGCCAGUCCCAAGGGCCUUCCUCCAUCAGUGCUGAAAUUAUCAGAAAGCUUGACGGUAGUGAAAGUAACUCCGUAUUAGGAUCAAGCAUUGAGCUGGACCUGAGCUUGCUGCUGAACAAGUACCCUGAGAAAGACCAACCAGAGGAAAGGAGGCAGGUAGAAUAUGCUAUCUUAAGAAAUAUUACAGAAUUAAGAAGAAUCUAUAACUUUUACAGCAGCCUAGGAUGUGAUCGCUCUAUGGAUAACACCUUUCUGAUGACAAAGCUUCACUUCUGGAGGUUUCUAAAGGACUGCAGACUUCAUCACCAUAACAUGACUCUUGCUGAUAUGGACAGGGUAUUAAGUGCCAAUAAUGACAUACCAGCUGAAGAAAUCCAUUCUCCAUUUACAACAAUACUUUUGAGAAUGUUUCUGAAUUACCUCCUGCAGUUGGCUUACCACAUUCAUCACAAAGAAUACCAAAGUAGAAGCCCAUCGCUCUUUUUGUGUUUUACAAAACUGAUGGCUGAGAAUAUUCAUCCAAAUGCUUGCUGUGUAAAAGGCAUCUUAUUCAGUGGGCAGCAGCAGACGCUCUAUUCGAUGAACUACAUCGAUAAGUGCUGGGAGAUUUAUGUGGCGUACUGCAGGCCAAGUGCAGCGCCUCCCCACGAGCUUACGAUGAAGAUAAGACAUUUCCUCUGGAUGUUGAAGGAUUUUAAAAUGAUAAAUAAAGGAUUAACAGCAACCAAAUUUGUGGAGCUCAUAGCAGAGGACAACCCUUCCUUGGAUGACGGCAUUGACAGCAACUUUGAACUUGAGCUGGUUUUCCUGGAAUUCUUUGAAGCUCUCUUAAGCUUUGCAGUCAUCUCUGUCACUGACCAAAGGACAAAAUCCUACUUAAAUAUUCCACAUGAUGACUUGCCUGGAAACAAACAUGCAAGUGUUUACACAGUAACAAAUCAGAACAGGAGUCCAUGUGCAGUAACAAGCCAGGAAUCAGAUAUACCCUAUGACAGCACCAAGUCAUCUUCAAGCAAGUUAGCACCCUCACUUGGCAUCAGCAAAAUAAAGAAAUCAGAGCUCAUGGCCAGGAAGUCCCCAAGUGAUGAAAUAAUUCCCAAAAUGAAAUUUAAGUCUUCAGGAAAAGAGCUAACCUUUCUAUCUCAAAAUGAGACAAAAGAAAAACCCAAGGAUGAACAAAAGGAGAAACUCAAUAUGUGGAUCAAUAAUGUGUAUACCUUCUUUGUGAACACGCUCUUCCAGGCACAUAAGCAUGAAGAAACUCUCAAGGAGAAAAUAAAGGAAGACAGGUCACAUGCCGCGGCAAUGGCCCAACAAAGGAAAAUUGAAAAUGAUGCACUGGAAGCAAGGCUGAAUAGCUUGAGAGAGGAAGAGGCCAAGAGACAAGGCUAUGAGGUUGACAUCACCGUGGUCACAGAACUGGUGGAUACCCUGUCCUUGAACUUCAUGCCCAGCCCCCCUAAAGAGGACAUAGUGGUGUCCCAAGCCAGCAAGUCCACCCCAAGUAAGAAAAAGAAAAAGUAGAGAUUACUGGUUUGUAAGUGGGCCAGAAGAAUAAGCAGGUGUAAAGGAGUGUAGAACCAAAGCAUACUACCCAAUUUCCUAACUAAUAAAGUUAUUAGAAGUACAGCACAGUGUUUUGGAAAUAUGACUACCUGGGCACACUGUGUGUCGUUUCUUAUGUGGUUGGAUCAUUAAAAUGCCUGUGUUUUGAAAACUGAGCUGAGUGAAAUAUAAGCAUAUGGGUGUAUUCAUUGUUUUUUAAAAAGUCAAAGUAUUGGUGUUAAGUUUAGAAUCUGAUAGCGCCAAUCAGAAGACAGUAGGAGUGGAUCAAAUUUUUAAACAUUUCCUUAGGUCCCCCUCCCCCAGCCUAGAACGCCACCCCGGCCCCUCGUGACCACCCCGUGUCCAGAUCCUACCCAUGUCCUCCACAUGUGGCCUCUCGCCGGGCUCCUUCCCUGGUUCUCUCCCACCAUGUCCACAGCAGUGCAAACACCACCACACGGCCAGGAGGCCAAACAACAGGAACAGGGGCCGGUAUGCACUUGGCGGUUAAGGGAGUACUUUAGUCUGUUAGAAAAUGCUAUGCUAAUAACGUGUUAAAUUUCAGGGUAGCUACCAAAAGCAUAAACAUACAACCUACAACUUCCAAACUAGCAGAAGAAAGAAACUAUUAUCCCACAAAAAGCUGGAAAAAGGGAAAACUACAAAACACAAAGGUGAAAUCAGAUGAUGCAUAAGAUGGCAGAAGUACAAACACACCAGUCGUCACCCAUGUGAGCAGGUCAAACUCACCUCUUCCUCCCCCGCCCCUCAAAUCCCGAGAUAAUGAUUGAAUCAGAAAAAUCAAAAUUUACUUCAGUGUUUCUCUUUGCAAGGAAAACACCUUAAACAAAACCAGAUAGAAAGGAUGAAAAUAAAGAUACAGAAAAAGAUACACCAGGAAAAUCUAAUAAAGAUGACUGGAAUAGCACACAAUAUUAAAAACAAAAAACAGAAUUUAAAGCAAACAUCUGCGUAAUAGAGAUAAAAGUAAAAAUGAUAAAAGGACCAAUAACUAAGGAGGUACAUUAUACAUUAUUCAUGCACAUCUUACACACCAGCCUUUCAAAAGCUGAGUGUUACAGUGAAGAAAACUACAGUCAUGAUGGAAGAAACAGACCAGGAAGAGAAACAUCUGGUAAGGUUAGAACUUAACAGUCUGAACUAACACACACAGUUAGAAACCAGAGUGCAACAGAGGAUAAACAGACAAAAACACAGAAUGUACCUUAGGUUGAGAUGUGCCAUUUCAAAUGCUGCAUCAGAGACCACGAUCUAAUGCACUGCAACUAAUAAGUCAGCAACAAACACAUACAAUGAAGCAAGCCUGCAUCACUGGAAACUAGAACAACCUUCAGUAACUCAUGGGUUAGUGGGAAAUCAUAAUGGAAAUUGUGAAUUAUGCAAGAGAGGCUCUACACUGAUGGGAAGUCACUUCCUCUCUCCCUGAACUUAGUAGGCUCCUGCAGAUUGGGGAAUUGCUGUGGAGAGCCCUCUUAGGGCCCAGGUAGUCCCAGUUUUACCAGACCAUGCCUGGCUAGUUUUCACCAAAACUCUGGGAUGGCCAGACCACCAACAGUCCGGUGAAGUUAGAGAAAAUGCUCAGCUGCGAAAUGCACACAACUGCAGUGACUCGGGAGGCCCACGUGACAGAUGAAGGACACGCUAUGUUCAGGACACCCUGGCAUGCUUUCAGGAAGUUCUGCGUGUUAUCUGUGGUCUAAGAAUCAAGCUAGUACUCAACAUAAAAGCCAACUUAGCAACUACUUUGGGCAAAUGCCUCAUAGUUUUUCACUUCAGGUCUAGUGACUGGAGUAUGUACCCCCAACUCUGAGCUCCAGCUGCUCGAAUAUCCCCAAGGAUGAGCCAGGGGCUUCCUGGCUAGUGUAGUCUACAAACAAGC